CCUUCUGUGUCUCUGCCAGGGGACGAGUAUGACGUCUGUGCCAUCUGUCUGGAUGAGUACGAGGAGGGCGACCGGCUGCGGAUCCUGCCCUGUGCCCACGCCUAUCACUGCCGGUGUGUGGACCCCUGGCUGACGCAGACCAAGAAGACCUGCCCGGUGUGUAAGCAGCGUGUGCUGCGGACGGCCGAGGACUCGGACUCGGAGGGCGAGGGGCACCCGCGGGGCGAGGAGGAGGAGGAGGAGGAAGAGCAGCGCCACUCGGAGCGGACCCCGCUGCUGGGCCCCUCCUCCACCGCCGGCACCCCGUCCUUCGGCAGCAUGGCCGAGGCGCGGGGCCCGCCCUCCGGCGAGGAAGGCUCCGAGGAGGAGCAGGAGGGGUCCCUGGGUGCUCGCAAGGAGCAUGGCCCUGAGGGCCUGGCGGGCAGCAUCCUUGUCUGAGCCCCCGUAUGGGGCAGCUGCUUGGACUUCCCGGGGGGUCUCUACUCCCGAGCUUUCUUGGUAUUUUAAACCGUGCACAAAACAGGGGCCCCCAAUGGGGAUCCGGGCUUGGACCCCCUUCCUGUGGAGUGGGGUGACCCCCAGCUCCCUUUUGGGCCUGCAGCCCCUGCCCCGGGGGAUUAUGUGCCAAGGCUCCAGGGCUGGGGGACUUGGGGUGUCACAUCUUUGCAGGGUGGGGUGUGUGUGGGGGGGUCUUUUGCACAGCUCAGGGUGUGAGGGGCAUA